CUCCAACCAUACAUUCAUUUUAUAUUAUUCACUAGUUUACAGUUUGUUUUAUUUUAUUGUUUAUUAUAUUACUAAUUGUUAUUAACAUUUUUGGACAAUUUUGUUUAUCAAUUUUUAGUAAUUUCUGAGUUCUGUUUCAUUAUUCAUCUUCCUAGAUUCUUUUAUAUAUGUAUAAUGUUUCUUUUCAAAUUUAUAAAAACUUAGGGUUUAGAACCUUAAACCUUAAAACUUUUAAUUUUUUUAACCGUUUCAUCCUCUCUACGAAGCGGUUAAACUCAACUCAACCUUCCUCUACACACACUGUUAAUAUUCCUUCCGUACCGUCAAUUCAUGACCCCGAGGUGGUUCGGCGUCCUGGGGAAAUAAUAGAUAUAUCUACUCUGACUAGGAAUUACUGGUCAUUUCCAGCCGUUGGGUUUAACAGUGUUUUGGAGCUGCCCGUUUAUGUUUUCGAGUACUAUGAUCGCAAAGAUGUGAAGGAGGCAAUCAGAUACCUAAGAGUACCAAAUGAUAUUUUCGGCCUUCCACUCCGCCCUGAUAUACUCCAUCGGUGUUACCAGUUUUAUAGAAGAGCCAAGGCAGGUUAUUCCGAGGAUAUGCAACUGUAUAAGUGGGAGUGGCCGGGUAGCACUAAAAAAUGGAGAAAACAGCAGAAGACUGGAAAGGCCAGAAUAGGCUGGAAGAAGUCGCCUGGGAAGUAUAUGGGAGUCUUUGCACAUCCACUUCGUCCACAUGAUAACAGGACCAAGAUACAGAGAAGAACUCUUUACACCGGAUUAAAGAUCAUGUUAUCGGCUAAAUUUGCGCAAUCCCAGAUUCAAGUCGUUGAUUCCUUCCUAAUGGCAUCACACAAGACUAAAUAUGCAGUUCAAAAUUUAAGAAGAAUCCUAGGCGACAGAUGCAACUCAGCUUUGCUAGUUUUCGAAGGUGUAAGUGACUCUAACGAGAACUUCAGGUGGUCAACAGCCAACAUUCCUUCAGUUCGCAGAGAAACCGUGGAGGGUGUUAAUGUUUAUAACCUUUUAAAGUACAGACAACUUGUUAUAACACAAGCUGCUCUAAAGAAACUGAUUUACUAUAUUGAGAAUUACCCUAAAAAAUGUGAUUGGCUCCCAAAAUAUGCUACACCUAAUAACACUCCUGCGCCUAUUCCUGAGAAGGUUAAGGGAUGGAAUUCAACCUGGAUUGAGAACAAGUUAAAGGCAAGACUAUCACCUGAAUCCAAGGAGAAGUGGAUGGAACAGGUUAAGAACUGGAAGUGGUCCAGUUCAACUAAGGGUCCUCUUAAAGUUCCCAGGGACGACCCACUCAAGUGCUUUAGGCUCAUAGAUAUUCCGACUAGUGACUAUAGUGAAAUUAAGAAUAGGUUUCAGUACCUUUACGACUCUGCCUUUGACUCUCCUGAAGAGGCUGAACUUGACCCCUUUGAACCAACAGAUGAUGAGGAUAAGGCUUUGGUACAGUUUACUAAUGAAUAUAUUGAGUAG